UUAGACGAGUCUUCUUCUUCUCGCCUAAGCCAAAUUCAUUACGGUGAAGACUGAAGACUGAGAUCAAAACCCAUCUUUGUUCUUGCCGAAUUGAAUGAAACAGAGAAAGAUUUACAUUUAGCUAGCUACUUUAGCUAAUAACAUUAUAGGAGGACGAAUUAUCGAUCUGGAAACGCUUCAUCUCACAGAUCUUACUUUCUCCAUCUUCGAUCCCCUUUCUAUAUUCCGAUUUUUCCAAUUCAUGCUUCGAUUCUAGCCUCAUUCUCUGCUGCUCUCCUUCCUUUUGGGGCUUAUUCGGAGGGGAGUAGACAAAGAUGUUAGCAUCGCAGACAUUAGGCGGUCCUUCCCGUUGUGGACGGGUUCUAGGGCCAUCACUCGACAAGAUCGUUAAGAAUGUAGCCUGGAGAAAACAUUCUCACCUUGUCGCUGCCUGUAAAUCCGCGCUUAAUAAGCUUGAAACUCUUGCCGACUCUUCCGAUCCGGUUUCGUGUUCUCCUUUAUUCGGCUUCUCUUUAUCCGAUGCAGAACUCGUACUUCAACCAUUGCUCAUGGCUCUUGACUCUGGUUCAGCUAAGGUCGUUGAGCCUGCACUUGACUGUCUCUUUAGAUUGUUCUCAUUUGGUCUUAUCCGCUGCGAGAUCGAUGUCACAACUGCUUCCAUUGUUUUUCGCAUAGUUGAAUCUGCGUGUAAAUGCAGUGGUCUUGGUGAUGAGGCAAUUGAGCUUGCUGUACUUAAGCUGCUGCUUUCUGCUGUUCGAUCUCCUUGUACCCUGAUCAGAGGCGAUUUCCUGCUCAACAUUGUUAGAACUUGUUAUAACGUGUAUCUUGGUGGCUUUAAUGGAACGAAUCAGAUUUGUGCGAAAGCGGUUCUGGCUCAGAUGGUGGUAAUUAUUUUUGCUAGGGUUGAAGAAGAUUCAAUGUUGGUUGAUUUCAAAACGGUGUCGGUUUCUAAGCUAUUGGAGUUUACGGAUAGGAAUUUGAAUGAAGGAAGUUCGAUCCACUUUGUUCAGAAUUUUAUCUCUGAGGUUGUGGAAGUGAAAGUAGACCCUGAUUCAAAACCUUUCGCACUAUCACUUGCUUCCACAAAUACUUCUCAGGUAGAAAUCAGUCAGGGUAAUCAAGCGGAUGGUGAGAUGGAUGGAGCUGGUUCUGGUGGGACAACAACAAAGAUUAGAGAAGAUGGUUUUCUUCUUUUCAAGAAUCUGUGCAAAUUAUCAAUGAAGUUCUCUGCGCAGGAUCAGAAUGAUGAUGAAAUUCUUCUCAGGGGGAAAAUUUUGUCCUUGGAACUGCUAAAGGUGAUAAUUGACGAUGCUGGUUCUGUUUGGCGGAACAAUGAGAGGUUUCACAGUGCUAUCAAGCAAUACCUUUGCUUAUCGUUGUUAAAGAACAGUGCACUGUCAGUUAUGACUAUCUUCCAAAUUCUAUGUUCUAUUUUCAAGAGCCUAUUAACAAAAUUCCGGGCAGGAUUGAAAGCAGAAAUUGGAAUCUUCUUUCCCAUGCUUAUUCUUCGUGUCCUUGAGAACAUACUUCAGCCUAGUUUCUUACAGAAGAUGACUGUUCUUAAUUUUCUUGAAAAGAUAUCCCAAGAUUCCCAGGCUAUUAUGGACAUUUUUGUCAACUAUGAUUGUGAUGUGGAUGCUCCAAACUUAUUUGAAAGGACUAUCAAUGGUCUGUUGAAAACUGCAUUGGGUCCACCUCCUGGUUCAACAACUACCCUCUCUUCUUCUCAGGAUGCUACAUUUCGGCUUGAGUCAGUAAAUUGCCUGGUCAAAGUUAUUGAGUCAAUGGGAACUUGGAUGGACCAACAACUCAAAAUUCGAGAUUCCAGUCCAUUAAAAGGUUCUUUCUCAGAUAGUUCUUCUGUUAGUCACAUGGCCAGCAUUGGAGAGGAAGGGAUUCUAGUUGAUGCAGAGCUAAAUACUGAAGCAAAUUCAGAAAUUUCAGAUGCUGCACUCUUGGAGCAACGCCGAGCUUACAAAUUGGAGCUUCAGAAAGGUGUAUCCCUUUUCAAUAGGAAACCUUCGAAGGGCAUAGAAUAUUUGAUAAGCACAAAAAAAGUUGGUGAUUCUCCUGAAGCAGUGGCUGCUUUCUUAAAAAAUACAGUAGGCCUCAAUGAAGCAAUGAUAGGAGAUUAUCUGGGUGAUAGGGAGGAGUUUCCCUUGAAAACAAUGCAUGCUUAUGUAGAUUCAUUUAAUUUUGAAGGAAGGGCCUUUGGUGAAGCAAUUAGAUAUUUCUUGAGUGGCUUCCGGUUACCAGGAGAGGCACAAAAAAUUGACCGCAUCAUGGAAAAGUUUGCAGAGAGAUUUUGCAAAUGCAAUCCCGAAUCUUUUUCUAGUGCAGAUACGGCUUACGUUCUGGCUUACUCUGUAAUCUUGCUUAAUACUGAUGCACAUAGUAGUAUGGUGAAAGAGAAGAUGACCAAAGCUGAUUUCAUUCGGAAUAACAGAGGGAUCAAUGAUGGAAAGGACUUGCCUGAAGAGUAUUUGGUGGCUAUAUAUGAUCAGAUUGUAAAGAAUGAGAUUAGGAUGAGUUCUGAUUCUUCUGCUCCACAAAGCAAGAACAACAACAGUCUAAAUAAACUUCUUGGAUUAGAUGGAAUACUCAAUCUAGUCUGGAAACAGACUGAAGAAAAACCAGUGGGUGCAAAUGGACUUCUUGUGAAACACAUACAAGAGCAGUUUAAGGCAAAGUCAGGAAAGUCGGAGUCUGUUUAUUAUGCUGUUGCGGAUACUGCAAUACUGAGGUUUAUGAUGGAGGUUUGCUGGGGACCUAUGCUGGCUGCAUUCAGUAUGACUCUAGACCAGUGUGAUGACAGAGCAGCUACCUUUCAUUGCUUACAGGGUUUCAGACAUGCUGUUCAUGUUACGGCUGUAACAGGAAUGCAAACACAGAGAGAUGCUUUUGUCACAACGGUUGCAAAGUUUACUUAUCUCCACUGUGCAGCAGAUAUGAAGCAGAAAAACGUUGAUGCUGUUAAGGCUAUAAUGUCGAUUGCCAUUGAAGAUGGUAAUUAUCUUCAGGAUGCUUGGGAGCAUAUCCUAACUUGUCUUUCCCGGUUUGAGCAUCUACAAUUAUUGGGAGAAGGUGUACCGUCUGAUUCAUCGUUUUUUACUGCACAAACCUUGGAGACGGAAGAGAAAACUACUACUGGCUAUCCAUCGCUGAAGAAGAAGGGUACCUUACAGAAUCCGGCUAUGGCAGCUGCUGUUAGAGGAGGUUCAUAUGACAGUUCUACUCGUGGAGUUAAUAAUACUUCAGGGCUGGUAACUCAAGAACAGAUGACUAACUUCAUCUCAAAUUUGAAUUUACUUGAUCAAAUUGGGAGUUUUGAGCUGAACCAUAUCUUUGCACAUAGUCAACGGUUGAACAGUGAAGCGAUUGUGGCUUUUGUGAAGGCACUUUGUAAGGUUUCAAUGUCGGAACUUCAAUCUCCUACAGAUCCUCGUGUGUUCAGCCUCACUAAAAUUGUAGAAGUCGCACAUUACAACAUGAGCCGAAUCAGAUUGGUCUGGUCUCGUAUAUGGAGUGUUCUGUCAGAUUUUUUUGUGAAUGUAGGCUUGUCAGAGAAUCUCUCGGUUGAAAUCUUUGUUAUGGACUCAUUGCGCCAGCUUGCCAUGAAGUUCUUAGAACGAGAAGAGUUGGCGAACUAUAAUUUUCAAAAUGAAUUUCUUAGGCCCUUUGUGAUAAUCAUGCAGAACAGCAACUCUGCUGAAAUUAGGGAGUUAAUUGUGCGAUGUAUUUCCCAGAUGGUUCUCAGCCGUGUCAACAAUGUCAAGUCUGGGUGGAAGAGUGUUUUUAUGGUAUUCACAGCAGCUGCAGCUGAUGAAAGGAAGAAUAUCGUAUUGUUAGCAUUCGAAACAAUGGAAAAGAUAGUACGCGAAUAUUUCCCUUACAUCACGGAAACAGAGGCAGUCAAUUUCACUGACUGCGUGAAAUGCCUCAUCACUUUCACCAAUAGUAAAUUUAACAGCGAUGUCAGUCUCAAUGCCAUUGCUUUUCUACGGUUUUGUGCUGUCAAACUCGCAGAUGGGGGCCUUGAAAGCAUAGACAAGCCCAAGGAUUCAGCAGUUUCCGCAGAAUGCGAUAAUAAUUUGGAUGGGCAAAAGUCCACACAUGACCAUGAUCAUACAUCCUUCUGGAUUCCUUUGCUAACAGGUUUAUCGUCGCUUACAUCGGAUCCAAGAUCCGCUAUCAGAAAAAGUUCAUUGGAGGUGCUUUUCAACAUCUUAAAGGAUCACGGCCAUAUAUUUUCCCCAGAAUUCUGGGAGAGUAUACUAAACUCUAUAGUCUUCCCUAUGUUCAGUUUCAUGCAUGACCGAUCGUCACAGCCUGAGGGGGGAAAUAAUAAUACAUGGGAUUCAGAAACUUGUAUGGUGGCAGUUGAGUGUCUAGUGGACCUAUUUAUUAGUUUCUUCGACUUAAUGAGGUCUCAACUUCCAUUAAUGGUGUCGAUUUUUGGAGGUUUCAUAAGAAGUCCAGGGCAAAGUCCUGGAAGCACAGGGGUGACCGCUUUGAUUCGGCUGACUAGUGAAUUGGGAGAUAGGCUAACUGAAGAUGAAUGGGGCGACAUCUUUAUCGCUUUGAAAGAUGUUGCUUUUUCGUCCCUCUCCGGCUUUUUGAAACUUGCGAAAACUAUGGAUUCUAUAGAUGUUCUUGUUGAAGUUUCUAGGGACUCGGAAUUUUAUUCUGAUAAUGAGUUAACCAAUGACGACUCUGAGGAUGAUAAUCUUCAAACUGCAGCAUAUGUGGUUUCCAGAAUGAAGAGUCAUAUAACUACACAGCUUCUCAUACUGCAGGUUAUAACAGAUCUAUGUAGGAACCAUCGGAAAUCGAUGUCGCCUAAGAACAUGGAGACUGUUCUAGACGUAUAUUCACUAGUAUCAUCUCACUCCCACAACCUAAAUUCCGACACAACUCUACAAUUCAAACUUCAGAAAGCAUGUUCAUCUCUCGACAUAUCUGAGCCGCCAACUGUUCACUUUGAAAACGAAUCCUUCCAAAGGUACCUAAAUUUCCUCAUUGAUUCAAUUUCCAACAAUCCGUCUCUAUCUCAGAAGACAAAUUUGGAAAUUCGAUUCGUUUCCGUCUGCAAAAAGAUUUUAGAAACAUACUUGAACUGUUCUGGAUCGCUUUCGCAAUCGCUAUCACGAUCAGAUAAUAAGCCAUUAACAGUAGUUCAUUGGAUACUUCCAUUGAGUUCUGUGAAAAGGGAAGAACUGGCUGCCAGGACUCCAUUGAUCGUGUUGACUUUGCAGGCGAUUAGCAGUUUGGAAGGCGAAUCGUUUAGGAAAUAUGUUUCAGAAAUUUUCCCACUUCUUGUGGAUCUUGUUAGGAGUGAGCAUAGCUCGAGAGAAGUUCAACGUGCUUUAAGUUCGAUGUUUGAGUCGCGAAUAGGACCGUUGUUAAUUGGUGGUUGUGUGGUUGAAUUAUAGAGGAAUAGUUGUUGUAGUAGUAUAGUUAUGUUUUUCCAUAUCAUUUGCAUAAAUUUUUUGGUAAUCUUUUCCUUUUUAU